AUGUCUCUGUCCGGCUCGCAGACACCAGAGGACGGACUCUACGGCUCCUGGGUCGAGCUGGAGGAGCUGAUUACAGCCGUGAGCCGCAGGGAGAGCCUGACAGGGACUCAGGACAGCAUCUCCUCUGCCCCAGGGGAGCUGGAGAGGAUCCUUCUGGAGGCACAGCUGGAGUGUGAGAGGAGUAGAGACAGUCCUCCACAAGAGGGGACUCCACGGUCCACCGGUUCCCCAAGGCCCACUAGUGAGCAGGACAGUGACUGUAUCACCAUACAGGAGGAGGCUGAGCGGCGAGUGGACACUGACUGGGUGUGGGAUUGGUCCAGUAGACCUGAAAAUAUGCCACCAAAAGAGUUUGUGUUUCAGCACCCGAAGCAGCAGAGCUCGCUCAGCGUGAGGAAGACGGAGGUGAUGAAGAGAGGAAUCUUCUCCUCCGAUGUUCUCCUCAUCCUCGUUCCCUCUCUGCUGGCCUCACACCUGCUCACACUUGGAGUCGGGAUCUACAUAGGAAAGCGAUUGGCCGCUUCUACAACUAGCACGCUGUGACGUCGGCUGUAGACCAACUCCCCCCCUUUGCUAACAGUCUGGCCAUUAAGGUCUGACUGUUAGCGCACUAAUAUGCCUCCUUCCUUCUCCGUCAUGGGGCAACCUUAGGACCCUGCCAAUCUGUACCUCUGUCUCUCUGUCCAUCUGUCUACCCAGCAGCACUCUGUCAGUCCGUCUCUCCGUCAGCCUCUGAAUGUCGUAGAGCCCGGAGAUCGGAUGGAUGCCGACCAAUGAGUCAGGCUGAGGUCACUUUUACUCUCCCGGAGAGUAACACUGAUCUCAACCGGUAUUAUCAGAGAGGAGAGAUUGCCCAGAUACAAGAGAAAGGAGAGAACGAGUUUUAGCCAGC